AUGGCGGUCGGCGCGGCCGCAGCGGGCACGCAAUCGGAGCCGAUCGGCUACGCGAUAGAGAAAGAGCACGCAAUCGGAGCCCAUCGGCUGCGCGAGCGAGAAAGAGCACGCAAGCGGAGCCGGUCGGCUCCUUUUAUUACUUCACACGAAGCGCGUUCAGGCAUUUUUAAUGACAAAAAAGGUGCAAAUGCAAAAAUAAACUUUACUACAAUCACUCAAAACACUGUUUCCAACGUGAUAAAAAUCUGCUCUCCUCUCCGAGCCGGUCUGUGUGAACGGACCCUAAAAAAUAAAAUAAGACUGCAAUUUGAAGUGUUUAUCGACUGGAUUGUCUUCUGA